GAUGUUAUUAGGAACAAUAGUCUCAUUCACCAGUAUUCUUUUGGAAUUGAGCUUUGCUUCACCGUUUUACAGUAUGCAACCGGCUCAUAUUGUUGCUAAUAUAGGAACAACAGGUAGAAAUAUAAGACAUCUUCCAUGCAUAUCGAGAAAAUCGAACCAGAAAGGCGUUUGCAUGUUCGCAAUCGACUGUUUAAAAUCGAACGGCACUCAUUUGGGCACGUGCAUAGAUCGAUUUUACUUCGGUUCGUGUUGUCGUAUCGACCACGUAAACGAAAUAGCAUCAAACACAAUAGACGCCGCUCUGAUACCGCCCGACAGGCACCAUCAACAUACUCAUAUACAAACGUCGACAACAACGGAAACGGCGACGACCUAUCACAAAAAUGUUAGCAGUAGUACGACAAAAACAAAAAUAGAAACAUCCACUACUGCAAAACCAACAUUAAUUACCAAAGUACCGAUCAGCACACAAAAAACGAAAUCUCCGUCGAUCACAACUACAACAGCAAGAACGAAAUACUCGACAACGGUAAAACCCCAAAGGACAACGACACCAAAACAAACGACGAAAUACACAAUAACAAGUACAAAAAGUACUGCCACCACGACAACGGAAAAAGGAACCACUACACUUUUUUACGGAGAUAAAAUCGUCACAACAAUUCGACCGAAAUCGCCUAAUAGCACGCAAUUUAGCAAAAUCAAACUAACGACAAAACCUCCAAAAAUCGAAACAACAACGAAUUUCCCAGAAAGGCUCACUACAUUCCAAAAUGUUGUAGAAAACACUGUUUCUUAUGAAACAACAUCACAAUCUUCUACUGCAACAUCGAAACUGUCAACUACUCCAAAACCUACGCGGCCAAAACCUACAACAUCUAAGCCAUUUCCAACAAAGAAACCUUCAGCAUAUCCUACCUUCACCAAACCAAAACCCACCACAGCACCUUCAAAACCGACAGCUUCUAAACCUACUAGAACCUCUCCAAAACCGUACGUUUCUACCACUAGUAAACCCCUUUCAGCUGUAACACAAAAACCGGUAAAAAUCCCACCAAGGCCGCUUAGUACAACUAAAAAACCUGUGACAAGCACAUCAAAGCCUGUCAUAACUUCUUCAGCAAAACCUAGUAGUAGUAGUACUACUAGUAGUAGCAGCAGUAGUACUACCACAGCAAAGAAACCUGUGGUAACAUCAACUUCGUCCACUAUUACUACUACCAGUAGUACUACCAUUACUGUUGCUUCAAAACUGCCAGUUAGUACAGAUUCAAUUACCAACUUAACCGGAGCAACUUUGAACGCUUCUACAUCAACUCAAUUGCCCGUUAAUUAUCCAGAUUAUACAACAGUAAUUCUGUUAACAACGACUGAAAAGUUACCGUCAGCUUCGACCGAUUCCAACGAAGUUUCCGUGCAAUUAAAUGGCACUGCUUCUGAACCACUUGUAACCGGGAACGUGGACACUAAUGAGAUUCAACAAGAAAAGCCUUUGAAGCCUCUAACGCCUGCAACCGCUACGCCAGAACAACCUGAACAAACCACUACGCAGCCUUUUGUAACAUGGACUAUUCCUGAAGAGAAUGCCAGUAACAUCAACCAGACAGAUCAAGGAUGGAAACCCAUAACUUCACCGGAUUGGGUUCUCCUACCGAGUGUAUCAACGUCUUCACCGGCAGAAAUCAAUGUCACAUCAUCAGCCGCAACAAUUUCUUCAGAAAUUCCCGAUGUUUCGACAAUUCCAGAAAACACUACGACCUCGACAACUUUCACAAAUUUCACCGAAACGUCACCGUUAUCAAGUUCUACAUCAACACCGAAACCAGUCUCAUCUGAUUUACCAGUCGAUUUUAAACCCGUAAACAUGAGCGAUUUUACUGACGUGUGCGGUAGAAGAAUGUACCCGGAGGCUAGGAUUGUCGGAGGAGAGCGUUCAGCAUUCGGCAGGUGGCCAUGGCAAGUAUCCCUCAGGCAGUGGAGGACGUCCACGUACCUUCACAAAUGUGGCGCUGCGCUACUCAACGAAAACUGGGCUAUCACAGCGGCACAUUGCGUAGACAAUGUUCCACCAAGUGACUUGCUGCUUCGUUUUGGUGAACACGACCUGUCAACGGAAAGUGAACCGCACAUACACCAAGAAAGGAGGGUCCAAAUCGUGGCAUCUCAUCCUGAAUUUGAUCCCAGAACGUUUGAGUACGAUUUGGCCCUUUUAAGGUUUUAUGAACCGCUCGAAUUCCAACCAAACAUUAUUCCUGUAUGUGUUCCCCAAACUGAUCAAGACUUCGUAGGGCGGACCGCAUACGUAACGGGAUGGGGAAGAUUAUACGAAGAUGGUCCAUUACCCAGCGUUCUUCAAGAAGUAUCCGUCCCUGUUAUCAACAACAGCGUAUGUGAAUCCAUGUAUCGAUCGGCGGGUUAUAUCGAACACAUUCCCCAUAUCUUCAUCUGUGCUGGAUGGCGGAAAGGAGGGUUUGACUCGUGCGAAGGAGACUCGGGAGGGCCGAUGGUUAUUCAACGGCCGGAGGACAAGAGGUUUGUUUUGGCAGGGAUUAUCAGCUGGGGUAUAGGAUGCGCAGAACCAAACCAACCUGGAGUCUACACGCGAAUAAGCGAAUUCAAAGAUUGGAUCAACCAAAUCUUACAAUUUUAAAAAGCAACAGUAUACGAAAUCUUCCCAAGUUUAGGAAUCGAAGUCGAAUAUCCAGGUUGUGAAAUUCAGUGCCUUAAAUUUCGUCUACUUCCAAUGUGAUAUUCCCACGAAGAUGACGAUCAAAUAACGAAAGAGAAUUCGGUGAAUAACUUUAUGUAAGUAGGUACAUAUCUACCUUCAAACUGAAUCAGUUGUGUAUGAAAUGUACUUUGAUAUUAAAUUUGUAUUAAUGUGAUAUAGUUCAGUGCAAACUUGUUGGAUAAAAACAUUCUCCAGUUCCAAAAGUUUUGUUUUCUGUUACACGCGUA